UCACUCACGGCGCAUUCACUAUCUCUCUCUUCUCUCUCCGCUCCUCGUCCUCCUCUUCUUCGCCCACCACGCGUUCUGCACUGCAAUGCAGCUCCCUCCUUCCCGCACUGUUCAGGCCCGCGAGUAUUGGAGGCAUUUUGCUGGCGGCGUUGGAGCCUCAGUGGUGGCGUUCUCCAGGGCGAGGCUGGGAGUUGGGUUACCAGGAUUUCAUUCGUAGUUUUUUUCUGUGCGGGAUUGGGAGGACAUGUUCCUGUUGUUUAGCGUUUUGCCACUCAAAAGAGAGUGAGUCAUGGCAGCCGUUUUUUGAGAUUUGCAAGAGUGAGGGGGUUGGUUAAGGGGUGGUGGUGGUGGUUGCGGGAUUGUAAGCAGAAUUGAGCGGGUGGUGAGGACGAGGUGGCGGUGGCAGGCGCUGUAUGGUCUUGUGUAGCGGUCCGUUAAUUUCGCGGCGAGGAGCGAAUUGCGAAGAUUCUUAUCUAUACAAGUUGCCAAUACUGGCGUUGGCUGUUCGUAAUUCAGUGUUGAAACUCCGGUCGUGGUGCCUACUCGCAUUUGGUGUGACGAGAUUUCGGAAUCCAAGCAUUGCAUUAUAGGGUGACUCUGAGCGUAGGUAUAUAUGUACUCUGUUGGUGAAGGUUCUGGUGGUCAUUAUGCGAAUUGGUUGCUCAAGUGUUCCCAACAUCUUUCAAGUUUUGAUUAUGUGGCUGGUACUCAACAGCAGAAAAGUUCCUUGAUCAAUACAUUACCGAAGCGUCUCACACAUUGUAGUAAAGUAUGAACCCUUUUCAUUCUCUAACUCCAUGAUUGUGACAUCGGGAUUCUUCCUAAAGGUUACUCUAUGGAUACCUAAGUUUCUGGUACGGAAUUAUGAAUAUGCAAUGCCCAUGAUCCGAAUAGAAGAGCAGAGAGAAUCACUUUCAGGAGAACAUAUCGUGUCGAAAUUCUAAAUGCGCUGAAGGAAGAGGCAGGAAAGAAGAUAUAUAUAUAUAUAUAUAUAUAUAUAUAUAUAUAUAUUUUCAAAAUUAGAUACAUUCUGGCCGCAACGAAUGUUUUCCCUCGUUGCGUAGUAGGAUUUGAUAGUCCGAGCUUGCCCGUUUAGGCUUGCGGAGAUAACAUGACAUUUUGUCCGAUGUUUGUGUUCCAUAAUUUCUUUGUAAGGCAUCGUUCUUACGCAUCCAGUACAAGUUCAGUGCUUAAACCCAAAAUCAUCAAAAUUCACCUGUUUUUAUAGCGAAGUUCUCUCUGUUGAUGAAGUUGAAUCAUUCAAUUUCUUGAGCACGGACGCACGGAUAUAUAUAUAUAUAUAUAUAUAUAUAUAUUAUGACCAUGUACAGAAUGCAAGGUCUUCCAGAACAGAUGAAUGGUGAAGGGGGUUCGCUACAAAGGGGAAAACAACCACGAGCACUGGAAGAUGGAAACUGGGCAUGCGACGAACCAUCGUGUACCAAUGUCAACUAUCCCCGAAGAACGGAGUGCAACAAAUGUGGGAAGCGGAGAGGACCACUGGGGAAUGCAGUAGUGAAGGCAUAUAUAGAGAGAAUCAAGAUUUCUCGCGAAAUGGGUCUUUCAGGGUUAGCCCCACAUAUGGCCCUGGGAGGUGAGCGCGGUGGGAUACUUCAUCAAGGCCUGAUUCCACACAUGGGGGUUGCUGAAAAUCAACAAUCUGGAAUUUCCAUAUCUCCAGGAUCCAGCCACGUCAAUGUUGGAGAUAUGGAGCCUUGGAUGGGAGGAUGCUUUGAUUCGCCUAUUCUUCCGUCGUUUUCAUCUCAUUACGUGACUGGAGAUGGUGGUGUGUCCGGUCGCCGGUCCACUCUCAGCGCUGCUACUGAAGGAAAGCGACUAGCAGAGCAACUGGUGGCCUCUUUUGCUGCAUCCACGGAUCCAGUAGGGGACGCCGGUGAAUGCUUAGCUUCAGCUGCUCUUUGGUUACAGACCAUGAAGUCGAGAAUGCAAACAGGAGGAGAGUCAGGAUUAGUCACUACUUCCUCCCUUAUAUCUGGGUCCAAUCCACUUGGACUGACCACGCCUCUGAAUGGAGUAAACCUUCUCCCACAAUCUCAUUUAGGUGGAGCCUCGGGCAUUGGGAGUCCAGGCUCAGGUGGCUUGGGCAGCCUUGCUCUAAACUCAGGACCAGGAUUAGCACAUGGCAACAGUUUAGGGAAUUAUUUAGCACGAGGAGGCAACGUUGUCGGGGCUAUCGGAAGUCCGGCAGGGUCUACUCGAGGAAUCAUGGGUCGCCUAGAUCUACUAUUUGAGGACUUUAAGGAUCGUCCCAGCGACUUUUUACGGGAAUUUGGGGAUCCGGCAGCAGUGAAUGCAACGGCUAUGGGUGGUGGUCUGAGGCCAGAACUAGGAAUAAACGGUAAUUGGGAAUGUGAAGAAUGCAAAAAUGUCAACUUUCCAAGACGGACCAACUGCUUUCAGUGCCGCGAGCGGCGAGGUCCUAAAGGAGACGAGAUCGUUCGAAAGUAUGUGCGGAUUUUAAUCGAGGACCCAGACAGCAUACGGACCUAAGUGGUGUGAGAAAUUCUGUUUUGUCUCGUCUUUGAAAGACUGGGAACACUGCAGUUAGCUUUCUUCCAUCCCUUGGCGUGGCUAGAUUUUUAUGAAAAAGUUCAAUCCAGGUAGAGAGAGUGCCUAACAUCACGCUGGUCCAGACUCUCUUUGAGGUACACAAUCUUUACCGAUUAACCAUAUUUAUUUUCCUUAGGAAUAGAAUCAUCUGAUCUUUUUGUAGCAAUCUACACGUUUAUUGUGACAAGACUUAGUGUACUCCUACUUCCACUAUAGUAGUAGUUAGCAAGUUAUUUUUAAUCAGGUUGAUCCGGUCAAUUUGUCGAUAUCACCAAGUUUAGUCUUGAAUGUCAGUUGAUUGACUUUCCUUGGAGUUACGUCGUAGUUGGUGCCACUCCUUUGACGUAGUUUUAUGGGAAAUCAGUCUAUGACGUUCUGGCUUUCUCUAGCGUUUUCGAGCUAACUAUCUAAUUAGCAGGGCAUCCCUCAAUGAUCGAGUUGUACUUACAGCCAUGUAAGUGCCGCUUGUUUUUGCAUUCAGAUGUAGAUCUAGAAGGUGCCACUGUAGCUAUCAACUCCAUCAGGAGUUGGUUCAGGUUGUCAAGAUUUUGCUGAUUAGUUUCUGGGUUUGGGAUCCGGAGUUUUUGAGGUCAUCUCUGGUUUGCCUUUGUAAUAUCAUGUGUUAAUGUAUAAAAUAACGCAGAAUUGCACGUUUGUUGUGGCUUGACUC